AAAUAGAACAGACGGUGAGUGAAAAUUCUGUCCCAAUUUCGGAUUUGUUCGUUCCUAUCGAUACACUCGUGUGGUAGUUCAGGCCAGGAAAGAUUGCCUGCCCUUUUUCGAUUCUUGGACUUGUUUCGAGCUAAAAAGAGGGCAUUAUCGAUCGAUUCUUCAACGCUGGGUUAUUGUCUGUCAAUCUGGGUGUAAUUUGUUGCUACUUGAUUUCGCGGGGAGAAUUGCUAGGGUUUCAAUUUUCUUUCUUUGCUUGUUUUUUUCUUGGUUUUUGAAUCACCAUCCAAGGGAAUUCAAUGGCGCAAGCAGUGGAGGAAUGGUACAAGCAGAUGCCGAUCAUUACUCGGUCGUAUCUCACAGCUGCCAUUGUCACAACCAUCGGAUGUUCUCUCGAUAUUAUAUCUCCAUAUGAUUUGUACUUGAACCCGAAGCUGGUCGUGAAGCAAUACCAAGUGUGGCGUGUUAUCACCAAUUUUCUAUACUUCCGCAAGAUGGAUUUAGAUUUCUUGUUUCACAUGUUCUUUCUUGCUCGCUACUGCAAACUUCUUGAAGAGAACUCCUUUCGUGGGAGGACAGCCGACUUCUUCUACAUGUUGCUGUUUGGUGCUACUGUGUUGACUGGCAUUGUGCUUAUAGGGGGGAUGAUUCCUUAUGUUUCUGAGUCGUUUGCUAAAAUUAUUUUCCUCAGCAAUUCACUUACGUUCAUGAUGGUUUAUGUCUGGAGUAAGCAAAACCCGUUCAUCCACAUGAGCUUCUUGGGCCUUUUUACUUUCACUGCUGCGUAUUUGCCAUGGGUUCUUCUUGGUUUCUCUGUCCUUGUUGGUGCUAGUGCUUGGGUGGAUCUUCUGGGAAUGAUAGCUGGCCACGCCUACUAUUUUCUCGAAGAUGUGUAUCCACGGAUGACAGGCCGGAGGCCUCUGAAAACUCCUGCUCUUAUUAGAUCAUUCUUCGCGGACGAGCCAGUAGUGGCGGCUAGACCUGCAAAUGUGAGAUUUGCUGCUCCACCGGCAGAUGAUGCUCAGAUAGACCGAUGAAUGCUUACAUGUUUUCACUAGCUCAAUUUUCCCCAGUUUUUAACUCUGGUUGUCCUGUAUAGCGUAAAGAUGCAUCAUCAUCCACCACAUGAAACCUGUGUCGAUUGUGCAAUCGAUCGAGCGGCCUCGUGUUGGUGAAGUAGAAGCAGUCAUAGCCAAUGCCCAUGAAGAACUGAACUGAAAUGCUUGUGGCACUUACUAGUUUGUUUUGUGUUUAGCGUUUGGACAUACUCUCUCAUUCAUACAAAACAUAAACACACAAUGAUGUAUUUCUAUCCUUUGAUGCCAUUGUCGAAACAAGGUGUGAUGUGAAUGUGAUGCAUACAUUUACAUGGAAAGAAUGUUCAAAAGAAAAUCUAUAGA